AUGACAAUGCUCCAGGAACCGUCGAAGAAAUACAAGCCAUUUAAGGCUCCUAAACUACCAAACCGAACAUGGCCUGACAAGGUUAUUGAGAAGGCUCCUCGUUGGCUGUCGAGUUGUCUGCGCGAUGGAAACCAGAGUCUGCCUGAUCCCAUGAACGGCGAGGAGAAGUGGCGAUACUUCAAGAUGCUUUGCGACCUGGGCUACAAGGAGAUCGAGGUCUCUUUCCCUUCUGCGUCUCAGACCGACUUCGACUUUACCCGACGCCUGAUCGAGACCCCUGGAGCCGUUCCCGAUGAUGUCUGCCUACAAGUUCUUUCACCUUGCCGACCCGACCUCAUCCGCAGAACCGUCGAGUCUGUCCGUGGAGCCAAGAACGCCAUCAUUCACAUCUACCUCGCUACAAGUUCGUGUUUCCGCCAAGUCGUUUUUGGCUACUCCGAACAGCAGACUCUCGACCUUGCUGUCGAGUGCACCAAGCUGGUGAGAUCUCUGACCAAGGAUAACCCGGAGGCCUCGGAUACCAAAUGGCAAUUCGAGUUCUCUCCCGAAUGCUUCUCAGACACAGACCCUGACUACGCCGUCAAGGUUUGCCAAGCUGUGAAGGCGGCCUGGGAACCUAGCGUAGAGGCCGGUGACCAAAUCAUCUUCAACCUUCCCGCCACAGUCGAGGUGUCAACACCCAACGUAUAUGCCGAUUUAAUCGAGACAUUCUGCAACAAUAUUGGAGACAGAAAGGAUGUCUGCGUAUCUCUGCACCCCCACAACGAUCGUGGGUGUAGUGUUGCUGCUGCUGAACUGGCCCAAAUGGCUGGAGCUGACCGUGUAGAGGGCUGCCUCUUUGGCAACGGCGAGCGAACUGGAAACGUUGAUCUCGUUACUCUGGCUCUCAACCUGUACACACAAGGUGUGAACCCUCAAAUCGACUUCUCCGACCUCAACUCAGUUAUCGACAUGGUCGAAUCCUGUACCAAGAUCCCUGUUCACCAGCGUGCCCCAUACGGUGGCAGUCUGGUCUGCGCGGCCUUCUCAGGCAGCCAUCAAGAUGCUAUCAAGAAGGGUUUCCAGGACCGCAAGAACAAGGGCCUUGGACACGAGGAUCCCUGGAAUGGAAUGCCAUACCUGCCCCUGGACCCCAGAGAUAUCGGCCGCAACUACGAGGCCAUCAUCCGUGUCAACUCGCAGUCAGGAAAGGGAGGAAGUGCCUUUAUCGUGCACACCAAGCUCCAGCUCGAUCUACCCCGUGGUCUCCAGGUCGCCUUCUCAAAGGUUGUCCAGAAGCACAGCGAGCAUGUCGGACGCGAGCUUUUGGCCUCAGAGAUCACCUCGCUGUUCGAGUCAACCUACUUCCUCACCGACAACCCCCACUUCCGCCUGGUCGACUACAGCAUUACCCCUGACCGAUCGCGAUCUCCCGCGCCUUCAGCCCAGGGCCGAACUCAGGAUACCAAGGAUUUUAUCCGUAUCUUCGAGGGUGUUGUUGAGGCGAAUGGCAAGGAACUCAAGCUGCGUGGCCGGGGCAACGGACCUAUCUCCAGUAUGGUUGCUGCUCUUAAGGAGAUCAACAUCGAGUUUGAUGUCAACGACUACAAGGAGCACGCCAUUGGUGAGGGACGUGGCGUAAAGGCUGCGUCGUACGUUGAGUGCAAGCCUGUCGGUAGCAAGCAGAGUGUCUGGGGGGUUGGUAUUCACGAGGAUGUUGUCCAGAGUUCUCUGAUUGCUCUCCUGAGCGCAGCAAGCAACUUCAUUGCUAGCCGUCCUGCCAGCCCUCACCUGAAGCCCUCAGCCGAGGCCCCUUCUCAAGGUCCUUCUAGUGUUGUCUCAAUCCUGGAAGAGAAGGCCAAGGAUAUGUAA